AGGCUGCUGCUACUGCCGCUUAGUUCCCACUGCGCAUGCGUUUGGGAAGCCCAGGGUAGGCCCUGCUGUUUUUGUAACUCCAGUCAAUCCAACGCAGGCGUCUAAACCAAAACAAGGAGCGCGAGAUCCCCUCAUGACGGCGAAUAAACUGGAUCUUGGCUGACCCACUUGGCAGAGAGGGGUGCCAGCGUUUGGCUCCAAGGCUGCAGUAGCUCCAGUGUGAGGCCUGCUGCCAGCUGUGCGGUGAGGCCCAGCACCCGUGGAAAGCAGAGGUUUUCAGAUGUUUUCCGAAUCACUGGCCUCUGGAAGUCUUCGUCAGACAAAGGAAGCUUUUGUGAGCUCCAGGCAUGGGUCUUGUGGCUCACAGCUCAACCACAGCGGGAUGCAGAUUCUGAGGUGUUGUCGACAAGAAGUGUCUCUGGAUGUACACAUGGUGCAUUUGAGAAAUAUUCGUCAUGCCCACUCGGAGCGGUGUCACCACUAAUCUGAGGACCUAAGCAAAAAGGAAUCAUUUCUGAAGGAAGUCAUGACAUAAGAGGAGUUUGCUGCUGACAUGCGGUACAUGUGUGAUCACCCACCUUGGAAAGCAUUCACAUGCCACAGGGACCCACAGCACACUUUUGAUCAUUUGAAACCACAGCCUCUCUCGGAUUUCUCUAAGCUCCCCUUACUACACGUGAAAAACUGACUCAAAGCCACGCUUGCACACAGCCCAAGUUUAUUGUGGUGGACUUCAUCCUGAGACAAGCUCCUCAUUCUCACUUUGCACACCGGACUGGAGGUUGGUUUGGCUUCAGAAUGAAACCAAGGCCACGUUCAGACCCCGUAUCAACACCUCUAGCAGGUGACCUGGUGAUCUGAUUACAAGUGGACAGCUGAGACGGCCAUUUUCAACACCCAUUUUCAUGCCCCCCGGAUGCUUCUCCAGUGAGCAAUUGAGAUUGUACUUCUUGAAUAACAUAGCUGACCAGACGGUUCUUUUACAGUUAUUGGUGAGGCCCAUGUACAAAUGUCUACCUCACGCUUAAAGCUCCUCUGUGUCCCACUGCAGCCCUGAUCACAUUUCAAAAUGACCUCCAGCAUAGACCGGGAUGACAGCAGUAUCUUUGACGGUCUGAUGGAGGAAGAUGAAAAGGACAAAGCAAAACGAGUUUCCAGGAACAAGUCGGAAAAGAAGAGGCGAGACCAGUUCAAUGUGCUCAUCAAGGAGCUGGGCACCAUGCUGCCAGGCAACACCCGCAAGAUGGACAAAUCCACCAUUCUGCAGAAAAGCAUCGACUUCCUGCGCAAGCACAAAGAAAUUGCUGCACAGUCGGAGUCCAGUGAGAUUCGUCAGGACUGGAAGCCCCCAUUCCUCAGCAAUGAGGAGUUUACACAGCUGAUGUUAGAGGCCCUAGAUGGCUUCUUUCUAGCCAUCAUGACAGACGGCAACAUAAUCUACGUGUCUGAAAGUGUCACCUCUUUACUAGAGCAUUUACCAUCUGACCUGGUGGACCAGAACCUGUUGAAUUUUCUUCCACUGGGCGAACACUCUGAAGUGUACAAAGCCCUCUCGACACACAUCCUCGAAGGAGAGAGCCUCACACCAGACUACUUAAAGACAAAAAACCAAUUGGAGUUUUGCUGUCACAUGCUCCGGGGCACCAUCGACCCCAAAGAGCCUCCCGUCUACGAGUAUGUCAAGUUUAUCGGCAACUUCAAGUCUCUCAACACUGUGCCUAACUCGACACGGAACGGCUUUGAAGGUGUGAUCCAGCGCUCACUCAGGCCCUCGUUUGAAGACCGUGUGUGUUUCAUCGCUACUGUGAGGUUAGCCAAGCCUCAGUUUAUCAAGGAAAUGUGCACUGUGGAGGAGCCCAAUGAGGAGUUCACUUCCAGACACAGCUUAGAGUGGAAAUUCCUUUUUCUGGACCACAGGGCGCCCCCUAUCAUAGGUUACCUGCCUUUUGAAGUUUUGGGCACGUCGGGGUAUGAUUACUAUCACGUAGAUGACUUGGAGACCCUUGCCAAGUGCCACGAACACUUGAUGCAGUAUGGGAAAGGGAAGUCGUGCUAUUAUCGGUUCUUGACCAAAGGCCAACAGUGGAUUUGGCUGCAGACCCACUACUACAUCACAUACCACCAGUGGAACUCGCGGCCUGAGUUCAUCGUCUGCACACACACUGUGGUCAGCUAUGCUGAGGUUAGGGCUGAGCAGCGCAGAGAGCUGGGCAUCGAGGAGUCACCUCCUGAGAUCUCUGCAGACAAGUCGCAGGACUCGGGCUCGGAGUCUCAGUUGAACACCUCCAGCCUGAAGGAGGCACUAGAGCGCUUUGAUCAAAGUCGCACGCCCUCAGCCUCCUCCCGGAGUUCACGGAAGUCCUCCUCACACACCGCCAUAUCUGACCCCACCUCUACCCAGACAAAGCUACAGGCAGAGCACAGUACACCGCCUCGCCAGUCCGCCUCUGCUAUUGAGAAGACUUCUCAGCGUCGAUCAUCCAUCAGUAGCCAGUCGAUGAGCUCUCAGAACACGGGCCAGACCAUGGCAGCUAGUCUGGUGUCGCAGCCACAGCAGCCACAGCAGCUGCAGCCCACUGUGCAGCCACUGCUGCAGUUCUCCACACAGCUGGAUGCCAUGCAGCACCUGAAGGAACAGCUGGAGCAGCGCACACGUAUGAUCGAGGCUAACAUCCAGAGGCAGCAGGAGGAGCUGCGUCAGAUUCAGGAUGAGCUGCAAAGGGUGCAGGGCCAGGGCUUACAGAUGUUCCUGCAGCAAGGUGGAGGUAGUCUAAACCUUGGCUCGGUGCAGUUGGCGCAGAGUUCCUCUGUGCAGCCAGGCACGGCUCUGACCAUGCAGGGCCUGGUGGUGCCUGCAGGAAUCUUACAAGGCAACCUGGCAUCAGCACAUACGGGCACACAGCACUCUGUCACUCAGCAGAGCCAGCCAGGUCAACCUCAGCAGCAGAGCAUUCUCCGAGAGCAAAGUGGCACACAUGCACAGUCCCAGAGGUCGUCCCACACGCUGCAGUCUCCUCAGGGAGGCCUGCCUGCGUCUCUCUACAACACCAUGAUGAUUUCGCAGCCUGGCCAGGCCAACGUGGUGCAGAUCUCCACCAGUUUAGCCCAGAGCAGUCCGAGUGGAACCGCGGUCGCCACGUUCUCUCAGGACCGACAGAUACGAUUCCCAGCAGCCCCUCAGCUACUUACUAAGUUGGUGACGGGACCUAUGGCCUGUGGUGCCGUCAUGGUGCCCACCACCAUGUUCAUGGGUCAGGUGGUGACACCGUUUGCCCCUCAGCAGACUCAAAAUCAGACCAUCAGCAUUGGACAGCAAGCACCCACGGCCUUACAGGAGCAGCAGGGCCAGACGCAGGUUGGCACGCAACCACAGAGCCAAAACCAGACUCCACUUAGCCAGACUCAGUUCCUCCAGGCACCUCGUCUUCUUCAUGGGAAUCAGUCAGCGCAGCUGAUCCUCCAGGCAGCGUUCCCUCUGCAGCAGCAGAACGCCUUCACUACAACCACACAGCAGCAGGUGCAGCAGCAGCAACUCCAACAGCAACAUCAGCAGCAACUCCAACAGCAACAUCAGCAACAACUCCAGCAGCAUCAGCAGCAGCUUCAGCAGCAGCAGCUGACUUCCCAUAGGCAAGACAGCAUGUCGGACCGCUCCAAUGCCCCGCCUCAGUAACCCGGCAACAGCCAAUGGUGUGGCGAGGACCGAAUCUGACCUCUGCCGUGCAGGGCGAUUAAAAAGGAGUAUUAGCAGUAUUCAAACUGUACCUGGUAUUUGGCACAAAGCAAAAGGUGCUGCUGUGUCUCUGCGCCCUACGUGUCAUCCCUCACCAAGUUCUGGAUGCUUGCACUGAAUUCUGGAAGUAUAGCCCACACUUGCUGAGUGGUUAGUAAGCUAGCAAGGGAACCAACCCUUGGUUUUAUUUUUCAGCACCCGUGUCAAGAUAAGAGGUGAGGCGAGUCGCGAGGUGGGCCGUCUUUCAUUCACACAUUCGCAUAUUAAUUUAUAUAGAACGCUCCAGUAUUGUGGGCUGGAGACGACGAUUCAAGACUUCAGAGAAGUCCUAUAGAAUAAAUGGCGCUCCAUCCAUUUGUUCUCUUUUCUCUUCUCCUCCCUUCCCUGUUCUCACACACCUCUUCUUUUCGUCUUUUGUGUUUUCUGUGUGUAAAAAAAACAAACAAAAAAAAAAGUAAUUAUUGGUCAGAAAAUAUUUUUAAGAUCAUCAUGUGGAUUCAGCUUUUAUUGUAUAGUACACCUGUAAAUGAAUAUGUAAAUAUACAGACAAAACAAAGAGAAACUAAUAUUUUAUAUUGAUGCAUGACACGAUAAAAGAGUGUAGUUGGUUAUUUGUAGCUUUGAAUAUACUUUUUAUCUAGUAUUCAAAGGAAAAAAGAAAAAACACUUAAUGGCUGAGGCCUUCACGGAUUCCUUCUUUGCCGUGGGGGUGUGUGUGUGUGUCUGUCUGCAAAGCGGGCAGUGCUGGUUCUGCUUUGUGUGUCAUAGUUUGUUUAAAAUGACACCUUGAUAUUUUCAUAAUACUACUACCAAUAUCUUUAUGGGUUUCUCCUGUUUUACAUGUAACCAAGAUGCAUUUAUUAAUCUCUAAACUGUACAGAUCUUUUACAUUUGUAUAUAUCAGAGAGAGCAGGCUUUGGAUUCAGAUGGAGAUUUAGAUUCAUAAUAUAUUAUGAUAAAUGUGGCGUAUUUAAUGCUUUAAUGCAGCGUUAAUCAGGAGCUUUCAGGAAAGUUGAGCAUGACAUACUCAGGUGUCAGAUGUCAGUUUAGAUGUUUAUACAGGAUGAGUGAGUUGCAUAAGCAUAUAUUAAUGUUUCAUGGCCACAUACUGUAUAUUAUAUUUAAAAAAAUAAAUAUAAAACUCCCCACACACAGUGCCAAGCCAUGAUUUAAGCUAUAUUCAUUUUACAGUAAUAUGUAAGCUAUGAUAGAAUAAAUAUAUCACUGUAAUUUUAACCAACAUGAAAUUUAGCCUUACCAAACCAAACCUCGUUGUCGAUAGUAAAUCUUCGCACACGAUCCUAUAUUUGCACAGGUUUAAUAGUUUUUGUUGUUGUUUUUUUCUUUUCUUAGAUUUCGGUCAUGCGAUAAGCGAAAACGGAGUCCGCUACCACGAUACAGCUACUUGUAGAGAAAUCAGGAAUGUAUGGUGUAUUAUCUUCGGACCUCGUUGAUGAUGACUGUGAUGAUAAUCUUGUAUGUGGUACCAUCUUGUGCACUCAUAAAUGUCCCAAAAAAGAAAACAUUAGCACUUAUGUUUGAAUAGCACUUUAAAUUUCGGGCUCUGUGGAACUUUUAAACCUAGGCAAGGUCUUAAUUAGUCGAAGUGUCUGUAAUGAAAUGGAAGGCGGGGGGGCAUUUUACUUGCUUCUCCGGUAGUGUUUCCCAGUUACAGUAGUAGCAGUAAUGUAUAGCAGACGUCCCUGGACUAAUCAGUCUGUGGUUUGUUAUGGACUUAUUGUUUGCUUUGGUUAAUAAGAUACGACACCUCCAUGUAAAUUUUGUAGUUUUGUAAAAUACUAGGAAAAAGUUACGUAAUGUAAAAUUGUUGCAUGGUGUUUAGGGUUGCGACCUCACAGCUCCAGGUCACCAGUUCGAUCCUGAGAUUGGUUUACUGUCAGUGUGGACGUUGUUGUGUUCUCCCUGUGGGUUUUUCAGUUUCCUCCCACCUCCAGAAAACUCGUUAGUAGGUGGACUGGAUACUCUGAUUACCCCUGUGUGUGUGUGUGUGUGUGUGUGUGUGUGUGUGUGUGUUCGUGUGUUCGUUCUUCACAUUCCCAGUGUUCCUGUGAUAGGCUCCAGAUCCAAAGUGAGCCAGACCAGGAUAGUGUUUACUGAGGAUGAAUGAAGUGUUGGAAAACCAGUCCUUCAUGAAUUAUGAUUCUGGAGUGGAGGCUUUAUUAUUUCUCUUCUCGUGCUUGUACGUUAAACUAUCAUGAAUUUUUAGGAAGGUUAUGACCUUGCUUAGGUAUCAAUGUGGACAAUCACCAUUUCAGGAACCCUAAAUUUUAUUCAACCUUAGAGUUCUUUAAAGAAAUGAUAGCACUUAGAUACACUAUAUGUCCAAAAGUGUGUGGAUACCUGAUCAUUACCCCCAUAUGGGGUUCUUCCCCAAACUGUUGCCAUAAAGUUGGAAGCACACAGUUGUAUAGGAUUUCUUUAUAUGCUGUAGCAUUUAAGAUUUGUCUCAACUGGAAGUAAGAGGCCCCAACCUGUUCCAGCAUGACUAUGAUCCUGUGCACAAAGCCAGCUCCAUGAAGACAUGGUGUGUUAUGGUUGGACUGAAAGAACUCGAGUGUCCUGCCACCGAACACCACUGAAUAUCUUGGGGACGAACUGGAACACCGAAUACACCCGAGACCUCCCCACCAUCAGUACCUGUCCUCACUAAUGCUCUUGUAGCUGAAUGAUCACAAAUCCCCGCAGCCACGGCCCAAAAUCUAGUGGAAAGCCUUCCCAGAAGAGUGGAGGUUAAUACAACAGCAAAGGGGGAAUAAAUCUGGAAUGGGAUGUACAACAAGCACAUAUGGGUGUGACAGUUAGGUGUCUACAAACUUUUGCCACGUAGUGCAUAUAGUCACGAAUUUCUGUCUUGUCUUGUAGUGAAGUGAUCUUAUUGAUGUCCUGUGUGACAUGUUUUAUAGAAAUGAUAACGUUUACCUUUUGAAGUGUGCACGACUUUAUCUUACAAAAUAAAAAAGGACAAUUUUUUCAGGGUAGUUCAAGUAGAAACGGGUUGAGAUAAUUCAUACGAGACCUCAGCAUGGCAGCACAGAACUGGUCCCAUGGUCCACUUUCUCAGGAUCUUUCUGCCUCCGGCUGUUCAGAGUGCUGGUCCAAUCACACGUUCACGUUGCAGUAUCCGUCCGGUAGCACAGCUCUUCUAGCGCUCGCCAUCUGAAUAUCACAGUCUCUCCAAGGACGUCUAUUAAUGUGUUAGUCACUGCGAGUGAGCCCAAAUGAAUUGGACAGCUUGUCCAAAUGUCCAAGUUCACCAACAACAACUGUUGAGACUAUAUUUUACAAGAUUCUAGCAUUGUCCUGUGCUACAAUACAAAAAAAACCUCACUGGGUGCAGUACAUAGAGGAUAUAACGCAAUAUAAGCUGGCUUUCAUUGUAUAAGCUGAAUAGAAUGUGUUUUUGAUUUAAAGGUGAAUUCAAUUCGUAUACACCGUCAACAGUAAAUGUUUGGCGUAUACUAGUUUAUACUGAACUUGUUGCCAGUUUUUAGCACAUGUUCAGGAUUUAGUACUAUUUUGAAACCAUUAAUUUUUUUCAGUUCUCAGAGAGAUGACCUAAUGGCUGAGGAACACUUGAGUGGCAGUACUUUUCACAGAAUGAAUGUAAGACAGCGUCACUUUUACUUUUCAAACCCACAUAUAUAAGCUUAAUCGUAGCUUAUCAUAAACAAAUAUAAUUUAGGCGCAGCGUAUAACCUGAUAAAUAUAUAGCCAGACCACUGGAAAGAGUUUGAAGAGAAUGAGUAUAUGAGAGAUAUAAUCUCUGUAAGUAUGCAUGUGUUAAGAAAGGGAACAGUAAAUUAAAGCUGAGUUUAUAGGAUAAUGUUUGACAAAGGACUUAAACAAACUUUGACACACUAGAGAACCAGAUUGAAUUGUUUUGUUUCCAUGAUGCUGUGGGGUUCGGGCCUGAGCUGCUCCUCCCUCAGUCUGUUGUGAAUGAGCGCGAUGUGAGCUACAUAAUAACAGAAUUCAAAAUACUGCUGAAUUAAAGAUUUUCAAGUAUGGCCUUGAUAUCAACAUGUGGACAUUUAUAUGCAACGUGUCAGCAAUUAACAUAGUGGCUGAUUUUUCAAUCGUGAUUCUCACUUUUAUUUCACUAGUGUUAAUAAUGUAGUCAGACAUUUAAAGCACCCCCCCACAAAAAAAACAACAAAUAAACAAAAUUAUUCAACAGUAAAAACCCACCUAACUGUCCAUGAAGUGAAAUUUGUGAACACUAAGGGCAUCUUUGUAAAAAGGCGUCUCACGGGCACUGUCUCCAGUGUCUCAUAUCUUCAUUUGUGGGUACCUCUCGGAGAAUUGGUGUGCCGCUUGCUGUAGAACAUGUCUCUAUAUUCCACAUUACUAUUAACUGCAAAAGCAUAGGACUAUUGGCCAAGUCCUGCUAGUUUAUCACUUUCUUUAUUCCAAUAUAAGCUUCACCAGUCAGGGAGGAUGAAAGUUACUGCUUGCCUCUCGCUUUAUUUAUUUAACCGGUAACACUAAUUACACAUAUUGGCAUCCGAUCACUCCUUUUGUAGACAUUUAUGUGGGGGGGAGAGUAAAACAGCGAGGACUUGUUUCCUUGGAAUCUGUUUGCUAGUUGUCAAGGACAGUGAUGAUGAGUUAAUGUCUGGUAUGAACAGGAGGCAGUGUGUGUGCGCGCGUGUGUGAUUUAGGCUGUAGUAUUAGGUGAAUACUAAACAUGGCUGCCUCCACCUAAUUUCGGACAGUCAGGCCUACAUCAGUUAAUGUCUCUGUCUCUCUCACAAGUGAACACUUGAAAUAUCAUGAUCUCCAUGCAUCUUUCAUGAGUCAGCCACCGUACAUGUUCUUUACAUAAAUCCACGUCCUGUAAUGUUUUUCUGGCAUUCGGUAUAAUUUCAAAUUUGUCAGAUGGUGUGAAGUCAUUUUUGUAUGUAUCCAAAGAGCUGUUAAAUGAUUUUUUUUUUUUUUUUUUUUUUUUUAAAGGUUUUGCUAGUCCUUGAAGUACUUGAAACCCUAACGGAAACCAGAGCUGGUUAAUGAAUUAAUGUUCUAUAGUUUCACCAUGCUCACUAAAGGUUCUAGAUGUCCCUCAGUGUUUUCUUGUUUGUGUGACACUUUUUUAAAAAAAAUAAUUUGCAGAACACUUCUGGUUGGCUCAUGAACUCAACCUGGUCAGUACAUGGUUUAAGGGGUGGGACGGGCUUAAUUAAAUCCUUUCAGUGCAUUUUAGGUUUGAAUUUUUUUUUUUUUUUUUUUGCAGUUGAUUAUAUUCCACAACAUGACUUGAGUUCAGUGGGGUGGAUGAAGGCUGUGCUUUGUAAAAAGGUGCUGUAAUGGGUUCAUUUGAUGGGCCAUGCUAACAAAACCAGAACACAGGUUUUUUGAAGCAAAUGGUGCAGUUUGCUCUCCUUACUCAAUUUUGAAAAUAAACAUAUUUUAAAAACAUUAUAUAAAUAAAAUCUCACACCAACAUGUGUUGUCUAAAUGUUCUAUGCUAUUUUUUGGUAAAUAAAACACUUGAUAUCUGAUGUGACUAAUCCUAAAAUGUUGAGGGCAAUGCUAAUGUUCAUUUUGCGUUGGAUCUAUUCAACAAAUUUUCCUCCAUAGCCUUUUAUUUUUGUCCACAUUAAUAUACAGACAUUCAGUUCUGUAUGCUAAAUUCAAGAAAACCGUAUGCACAUAAUGUGUCAUCACCCUGAGUCAUAUCUAUAUGAAGUGAAAAUGAAUCAUUGUAAAACACUGCUUCAGUUAAAGCCCUUCAGCAAAUUAUUCCACUUGUAUUGCUUCCAGUAUCCACGAGCUACAGGCAUAAAAAGCCAUACUUAUAGUUUAAUUUAUUAUUUACAGGAAUUUUUACAGUCAACUCCUCUGCACAAUGAAUAGUGAAUUUACUUGCCCUUCACAGAUGAAUAAAUCCAGUCAAAUAUUGACAAAGAUGUCACCUUAAACUGUACAAAACCCAGCAAUGUCUUCCCUGAAAGUUCUACAGUACUUUGACAUGGGGGUGAAACAAAUCAAUGCUCUAAAGAUGAAUAAAAAUAAUUUUUCCUAGACCAGCUGUUAAUUUUCUUUGAAGUGGAGUACUGAAUAAAUGAUCAAAUAUAUAUAUAUUUAUUAAAAAAAAAUUCUGCUGGUCUCUUAAGAGAGCUUAGCUAUGGGAGGGGGGGGAUGCAGCUGAAGUACAGGACUCAUUGACAUUGAUUAAAAGAAAUUCUUCAGACAUAAAUGAAAGUCAUUUUCCUUCUGGCCCCAAACAAAGUCACUCUGCCUCUUUAGAUUUGUGCUAAAGUAUAAGCACCUGACACUUUUGUACACUUUUCAGGCCACAACGUUCAGGAUCAUGAAUGCUGACCAACUUCCACACUUCCCUGCUUUUGUUCCAGUAGGAAUACAAACUCAAACAGACCAACAUAGAAUAAUGGAAUACAGUCUAAACCUUAUUAGAUGGUUUUACUUAGUCAACAAAAGUAGGUGG